CACCUUCAGCGCACAAUCAAUUAACCCACUCAAAACCAUCAUCAUUUUACCACAUAUAAUUACUAAAUAAGACUUUCCGGUGAAAGUCCAGCAAAAUGAAGUUCUCCGCCGUCAUCCUCUUCGUCGCUUCCGUCGCCGCCGUUGCUCUUGAUACCGAAGUUCCUCCAGCGCUCAGCCAGCCAGGUCGCCGUGGUGUUGACUGCGGCGCUUGCGACAGAUUGAACUUCUGCCCUGGCAAGCCGAACAACAAUGUUGAGUGCGAACUUGACGGCUGCUGCAAGAAGUAAACGGCUUCUCUAGGCUUAACCGAAUAUCAAGCUAUAAACGUGUACGUCAGCGGAGCUCUCUCUCUUCCACCUCUUCAUGCACAAGCUAAUAACCACUCAGACAGCGUGCUUUGGAUACCCAUCAUGGUUGCUCUAUUUCUGAAAGGUGGGACUCUGUUAGAACCACCGUUCAGAUAGUCAAAAUCUGUAGCAACCUGAUCUCAGCUACCUCACCCAAUACGUUUUUCUAGCCAAAUUCUCUCCGCCAGUCCUGACGCGACGAUAUUGUGAGCUGGGUGAUCUUGGGAUGACAUGUUUUGACCGCUACCGCGCAUAAUUACUGUGGCGCAGGUGAACUUUGAUCCCUGUUGGACGUUGAGGUGUUUCUGGUGCAACCCGGCCAACAAAAAUAACCCCUCUGUCGUAUGGUAACAAUGUGGGCAUCGAGAUUU